AUGGAGAUAGAAUCAAUUUCCUCACAAGAUACAGACAUCGACAAAAUACUCGACGCGUUGUGGGUUGGAAAGCCAGUCAGUGAACUUACAGUCGAAUACCUUUGUGACAAGUGUCGCGAGAUUGUGUGUGAGGAGCCCAACAUGAUACCUUUACAAACGCCAGUGACCAUAUGUGGUGAUAUCCAUGGUCAGUUCUGGGACCUUCUCGAACUUUUUAAAACAGGCCGACGGCCUCCCGAAACAAAGUACGUAUUUUUGGGCGACUACGUCGACAGGGGAUUCAACUCCGUCGAAACGUUUUUGUUGUUAAUCGCACUCAAAGUCAAGUACACCGACCACAUUUAUUUGAUAAGAGGAAACCAUGAGAGCCGGGCAAUUACACAGAUAUAUGGGUUUUACGACGAGUGCCAGAGAAAAUACGGAACGUCGAACGUCUGGAAAAACUGCACCGAUUUGUUUGACUUCUUGUCGCUUGGGGUGUUGAUCGAUGGGCGUGUGUUUGGCACCCACGGAGGACUUUCCCCCGACUGUAAGACACUUGACAUCAUCGCGCGAGUCGAUCGAAAAAAAGAAGUCCCACACGACGGCGUAAUGUGUGAUUUGUUGUGGAGCGACCCUGAAGAAAACAAGCCAUACAUCGACUGGGAAGAAAGCCCACGAGGCGCUGGACACACUUUCGGGCAACAACCUCUCAACGAUUUCUUGCAAGUAAACGGACUGAAUUUCGUGUGUCGAGCUCAUCAACUCAUCCAGGAAGGGUUUAAGUGGAUGUUGGACAAUAAGAUUGUAACUGUUUGGAGUGCGCCAAAUUAUUGCUACAGGUGCGGGAAUGAAGCGUGUAUUAUGGUCAUGACGAAGGCCGAUUCGUACAAGUUCGAAUUCUUCAAGGAAUGCCCAGCCGACCAACACAAACUGACUGCAAAGGUGGUCAUCCCUGAGUUCUUCCUUUGA